ACGGGAACUUCUGUUAGUUAAGUAGAAAUCAAACCAGUCGGACCAGUUCCACAGACAGUAUUUCACAGACAUUUGUUUAUUUUAGGAAGGCAGAGUUUUUAUGCUUACUAUUAGCCUUGUAAAAUCGUAUUAAGGUAGACCAGUUGAUCCAGAAUAGUUGAUUUCACAAUGCCUUUAACUUUGGAAUAUGUGAAGAUUUACCUCUAAGACAAAGAUGGUCUUGCUACUCUCACCGGUCUCUCUUCCGACAGAUGAGCUCUACAUCCAACAAGCGGUUGUUUUCAUUGAAGAUGCCAUUCAGUAUCGAUCCAUUAACCACCGGGUGGAUACGAGCUCACUCCGUCUGUAUCGUUGGUACUACUCAAGGAUAUCCCAAUGGGGCUUAGGCUUGGGCAUUGCAGUGGUACUGUUGCUGGCGUUUGUGGAGCGACCAUCUUCCCUUUCCAUAACAUCUGACUCUCGAUAUCGCUCUCCACCUUGGGAGCCUCCUUGUGGCUUCACUGAGAGCAUUGAGAUAGUCUGUCUUAUCAUCUUUACUCUUGAUCUCGCCAUUAAGAGCUACUUGAUUGGCUGGGAUGAAUUCAGGAAGAACAAAUGGCUAAUGAGCUAUACCAUCGUCAUUUCCAUCUCCAUCAUUGACUGGGUGUUGUCUAUCAGCAUGGUCUGUGAUGAGAAACUGAGAGUUCGACGGUUAAUUCGACCAUUCUUCCUCUUGCAAAACUCAUCCCUGAUGAAAAAGACACUGAAGUGCAUCAAGAGAACUCUGCCAGAGAUUGCCAGUGUUAUUUUGCUGUUGGCGCUUCACCUCUGUUUGUUCACCAUGAUUGGGAUGUUGUUGUUCCCCAAAACUGAGGACGCACUGAAAAAUCAAGAGUGGAAAGUGUAUUUUCGAAACCUGCCGACUUCACUUACUUCCCUACUGGUGCUGCUCACCACAGCGAACCAUCCAGAUGUGAUGAUCCCUGCUUACUCUCAAAACAGAGGUUAUGCCAUCUUCUUUAUCUCCUUCAGUGUCAUUGGAACGUAUUGCUUGAUGAAUUUACUGACAGCCAUUAUCUACAACCAGUUCAGGGGAUAUUUGCUGAUGUCAGUCCAAACAUCCAUAAACAGAAGGUGUCUAGGAAUCCGAGCAGCCUUCCAAGUCCUUCGCUUUCAUGACGCUGAGAAUGCUGCUAGGGAACGUGUGCCAAUUGAUGCUGUGCUACAAGUGAUGUCCAGGAUCCAGCUGCACAGCUACUACAGAGAGGCCAUCACUUCUGAGACACGUCAGUAUCAGACUGAAGGCUUUAUGAAUAAAGAGCAGUUUAAACAGAUAUUUGAUGAGCUGGAUAAAGACCGUAUAAACGAGCACCCUCCCGCACCACAGUAUAACUCGGUGGUAUUGCAGAAGCUGCAGGUGACCUUCAGCCACUACUAUUUUACUGUAUUUGGCUAUGUUGUGGCGUUGGCCCAUGUGGUCUGCAUAUGUACUGUGUUGGUAUUGAAUUCAGACAAGUCCACCGGAGAGAGGGAUAACCUUUACAUGGAGAUUAUCAACAUGUGUUUUAUCAUCUACUACCUAUCUGAAAUGUGUGUAAAGAUAUUUGCCCUGGGUUGGAAAGGGUACCUUUCCUACAGGAACAACAUCUUUGAUGGAUUCCUCACCAUCCUGCUCCUGGUCCUGCAGAUAACUAUUUAUGUCACCUACCACCUUCCUCAUUCACAUGUGGACCCAUCCUCAGAGAGAGUAUUUUCACUGUGGGAGAUGGUUAGCUUUGUUAACAUGCUGGUUGUCUUCCGCUUCCUGCGCAUUAUACCAGAUAUCAAGCUAAUGGCUUUGGUUGCAAGCACCUUGUUGGACCUGGUGAAAAACCUAAGAGCCUUUGCAGGGAUUCUGGUGGUGGUUUACUACAUAUUUGCUGUGUUUGGCAUCUGGCUGUUUGAAGGGGCCAUCAAACCACCGCCAGAUAUGAGUGUGAAAUACAAUACAAGCAUGGAACACAUCACUUCGAACUUCAGCACUGAGUGCGGCACCUAUGAACAGCUCGGGUACUGGCCAAACAAUUUUGAUGACUUUGCUGCGGCCAUCAUUUUGCUGUAUGAUGUUAUGAUAAUCAACAACUGGCAGGCCUUCAUGGAUGCAUACACCAGAUAUACCACUGAAUGGUCGAAAGUCUACUUUGUGUGUUGGUGGUUCACCUCCUCUGUCAUGUGGGUAAACUUGUUCGUGGCACUCAUCCUAGAGAACUUCACCUACAAGUGGGAUCGCAGUCACAGCUGCUCUGUUACAGACGUGGAGAGGAUUCGAUAUGAAACACCUGUUCAACUCAUGUUCAAGGAGCAAGUCAAGGAGCCAACAGAAGAAGAAUUGCUUUGCCAGCUACAACAGCACCGCCAUCUACACUUACACUGGGGACACACAUGAAACAAACAGUACAUACACAACAAGUACAUGCGAAGUUCUGGUAUUGUUGAGAGUCGUGUCGCAAUUCUUAAAAAAACAUUCUUAUUAUUGUAUGCCAGUAGAAAAUGUUGAUCCACAAUGUUUUGGAGAAUCUGAAUGUGUGUUUUUUUUUUUUAAUUAUGCUAAGCUCCGAAAAAUGACCAAAACAAUAAAACAUAACUUCAUCCCCAAGAGCAAAAUUCAUAGGGCAUUAAAAAUGAUUGAGUUAAAAAUGAAUUUGCUGUCAAGGUAGGAGUGGAUGAAUGAUUGACUUGUCUCAGUGAUAUUCGACACUGGUCAAAGGAGAUGAGUGAUUUACUUGUCAGUGAUAUUCGACACUGGUCAAAGGAGUUGCACAAAAAACAGAUCAUCUCAUUCCGAAAUAAAGUGAAAAAGUGUACAAAGUAUUUUCUUUGACAUUGCUUCGAUUUUCCAAAUAUUUGCAGCAACCUAUUUUACAUACUGUAUUUAUGAAAUGUGCACUUUUAUUAGUGAGAAUUUUGGCAGUGAUUGAUGGUGUGGAUGUAGGUGUAAAUGCAUGUUUGUUUCUAUAUGUGCCCUGCAACUGGCUGGCGACUAGUUCAUGGUGUUGUCCACCUUCUGCCCGAAAUCAGCUGAGAUAGGUUCCAGAAACACCCCCGCACCCCCUGUAAAGGAAAAACAGCAUUGAAAGGGAUGACUUUUUUGGAAGAAUGUUAUUGGUGUUUCAACUGCUAGUUGUGAAAGAACUGUCUAAAUAAAUAACUCAAAAUGUGUUUGAAAUAAAGAGAAAUUGUCUUACCCUACGAUGAGAGAUUUCAGUGUCAAGACUGUUUUUAACUCUUUUAUUCCCCAUUUACGAAUAAACAUGUCGUGAAAAACCA